AUGUGCCCAGGCUGGCUGGCCCUCGCCUUCCUGUCCAUGCUCAGCCCGAGUACCCAGGCCUUCAACAGCCAGCUUGUCAAGUGUUUUGAGGACCCCCAGUAUGAAGAGUUGGUGCGGCUGGCCCAAGACGGGCUGGAGCAGACGGCAGAAAGGAAACAGGUAGUGGUGAUUGGGGCAGGUGUGGCCGGGCUCACCGCUGCCAAGACCCUGCAGGAUGCUGGCCACCAGGUGACUGUCUUAGAGGCCUCAGGGCGUGUGGGUGGCAGAAUAGAGACCUACAGAGUACCCGGAGCACAGUGGUAUGCAGAGCUGGGCGCCAUGAGGAUCCCUGCCAACCACAGGCUCUCUCGUGAGCUCAUCAGGAAGCUUGGGCUGAAGCUCAAUCAGUUCUACGUCUCCAACAACCAGACCUGGGUGAUGGUCAACGGGGUGCGGCGGCGCACGGGGGAGGUGGAGGCCGACCCCCGCCUGCUGGGCUAUCGAGUCAGGGCUGACGAGGAGAGGAAGACGGCAGAACAGCUCUUCCACGAGUCACUGCGGAAGGUGGUGGAGGAGCUGAAAACCAGUAGCUGCAGCCAGGUGCUGGAGAAGUACGACUCCUUCUCUACCAAGGAAUACCUGAUCAAGGUGGGGAACCUGAGCCGUGGGGCUGUACAGAUGAUCGGGGACCUGCUGAACACAGAUGCUGGCUACUACCAGGCCUUCAUGGAGACCCUGCGUGGCAUCAUCCUCUUCCAGGAGCCCUGGAUCCAUGAAAUCACUGGGGGCUUUGACCAGCUCCCCCAGGCCCUGCAUGCUGCCCUCUUGCCAGGGACAGUCUGGCUCCACUCACCAGUGGAAGAGGUAGAGACAAACGGAGACCGAGUCCACAUCGCCUACCGGACGCCAAACCCACUGCGGCCCAGGGCACGUCUGACCGGUGAUUAUGUGAUCGUGGCCACCACGGCUAAGGCUGCUCGGCUCCUCCAUUUUCAGCCACCUCUGUCCCAGGGCAAGGAGGAUGCACUGCGAUCAGUCCACUACAACAGCGCCACCAAAGUAAUUCUGGCCUGCACGCAGCGUUUCUGGGAACAUGAAGGCAUCUUUGGGGGCAAGUCCAGCACCGACCGGCCUUCCCGCUUCAUCUACUAUCCCAGCCACAUCUUCCCCAAUGGCACAGGGGUCAUCCUGGCCUCCUAUACCCUUGACGACGACUCCUCUUUCUUCAAUGCCCUGGACCACGCCCAGGCAGUUGAUGUCGUCCUGGACGACCUGGCCGCAGUCCAUGACCGCCCCAAGGAGGAGCUGCGGACGCUGUGCCCCUACUCUGUGGUAAAGCGCUGGAGCCAGGACCCCUAUGCCAUGGGUGGCUUCGCCUUCUUCACUCCCUACCAAUAUGUGGACUAUGCCCGGGAACUCUGUAAACCGGAAGGGCGGGUCCACUUCGCUGGGGAGCACACCAGCCUGCCCCAUGGCUGGAUUGACACUGCCAUCAAAUCAGGGCUCAGGGUGGCACGGAGCAUCCAAGAGGCCAUAAAUCAAGAGAGCAUGUGA